AAGUGUCAAAUGAUCAGUAGUAAAGAAAUUAAAUAAAUAAAAAAUGCAAUUAAAUAAAAAUGACACAUCUGAACGUAGAUUUGAAAUAGAAUGUAAAUUAGAGAGUGAAGUAGCUGCUUUAGAUGCACUCAGAGAUACUGAAGAGAGAAGUAGAAAAUUGACAUCUGGUGUUGUUGCAAUAUUAACGUCGUUAGAACAAAGAUUAGCAACACUAAGAAGAACUAUUCUACCAGUUUACAAUGAAACUGGUAAUCUCCAAGCACAACAGCACAACAUAGAAAAAACAUUGACAGCUUUAGAUCAUGCUAUCGGUUACUAUGGAGUUUGUCAAGAAGUUGAAGGAGCAAUCAGAAGUGGACCAACAGGUCCAGGUGGCCUUGAUGGUUUUCUGGAUGCUAUGAACAGACUCCACAAUGCCGAAAGAUAUUUUCAAAAAAACAAUCCAAGUUCUGUUGAACUUGAAAAUAUUUCUUUAUUAUUUGGAGUUGGAUUGGACUCGUUAUGUUCUGAGUUUCAUGAUAUUUUAGCCAGGCAGAGUAAACCUAUUCUGCCUAUUAUCCUGCUGGAUCUAAUUGGUUCUGAUGAAGAUACAAGUGGUGAAGAUGCACCACAGUCACUGAAUCAAUUACCCGAAAAUGCUUUAGCGGAUCUUGUUAAAAUCGCUAAUUGGUUGGAUGAACGUGGCCACCGUAGGCAUUCGAAAAUUUAUUCAUCUGUACGUUCCGCUAUUGUUUUGAGGUCAUUACAGCUUCUUAAAGAACAUCAACGAAGUGCCAGUGGUGGGAGUACUCAUGCUAGUAGUCCUAUGCCGAGAGCUAAAUUUGCUCAUAGACAUUCAAUGACUGGUGGAGAAACGGUCAGUCGACGUACAUCUCGUCGUUUGCAGCAUGCUAUUGAAAAAAAAGCAAGCAAAAUGUUAAUGAGAGCAUCACAAUCAACAGGAAUAGGACUCGCGUUUCCAUCGUCAAGGAAACCUGCUCCCUUACCAUUAAAUUAUGCGCCUGAAGAUGCAGCACCUGAUGAACAAGAAAUGGAAAAUUAUCUUUUGUUAACUGCUGGACUGCAUAAACUUAUGCAAGCUGAGCGAAGUUUAGUUGCUAGAAUAAUUCCAGCUCCAUUACAGCCUCAAGUAUUGGAAGCAACUGUACGUGAUGCGAUGGAUCUCGUAGCUCAUGAUGGUGAAAGUAUUGCCGCACGUGCUAAAAGGUGUAUUGUUAGACGUGAUUUUUCAGCGGUACUUGUUGUUUUUCCAAUUCUCAAGCACCUUGGAGAUUUGAAACCUGAUCUUGAGCGAACUGUCGAAGGAUGCGAUUAUGCUUUAAGAUCUAAAUUCGCCUCUAUACUAAAUACUCUUAACGCUACGGGAGCAAAAGCUUUGGAAGAUUUCGCUGAAAGUGUAAGGAAUGAAUCAGGUGCAGCAUUACCAAAAGACGGAACUGUAGCAGAGUCAACGAGCAACGUUCUUGUAUUUCUUGAGCAGUUAUCAGAAAAUGCCGAAACUGCAGGCAUUGUGCUGCGAAAAAAUAACGAAGUCGAUUCGAUAUCAACAUCAAGUGCUAAGCAAACCGACAAUACUCAUCGUGUUUUAGUUGGAGUUUAUAUAAAAAAAGUAUUAGCUCAAUUAAAUCUUGCAUUAGUCAGCAAAAGUGAUGCAUCAUAUUCGGAUCCAGCAUUACGUGCACUCUUUCGUUUAAACAAUCACAACUAUGUCGUUGAUAAAUUACGUAACAGUUCUUUGAUGGAACUUUUACUGUUGGCAGAAUCAACUGCAGCUCAAACGUAUCAAGAUUUUCUUGUUAAAGACAAGGCCAAUUACGUAGCUGCUACUUUUGCUAAAGCAAAGGCGUAUUUAGAUCAACCACCAGAUGAUUCUGAUUUAGCAGCCAAAAUAUUGAAAGAUCGUUUCGCUGGAUUCUCGCGGGAACUUGAAGAAGCUGCUAAAAAUCAACGGCAGUACUCCGUUCCUGAUGGACGUUUACGUGAAAUACUACGACGUGAAUUACAACAGUCAUUAGUACCGCAGUACAAAAAUUUUUAUAGUAAAUAUCAUAAUACUCCGUUUUCUAAAAAUCCUGGAAAAUAUAUUAAAUACACACCGGAACAAGUUGCUGCGAUGAUAAAAACAUUUUUUGAUACUGCAGCAUAAAAAGUUGAUUUAAGAAAAAAAUAAAAUGAUAAUUAUUAUCAAAACAGGAAGAAGCAAUUUUAUAAAACAAAAAAAUAUGCUAAUUAAUAAAGAUAUUUAAUUUGAAAUAUAUAAUAUAUGUAGGAAUUAUAAUAAUUAUAAAUAACAAUAAUAUUAAUAGAGUAAUGUAUUUUGUUUUAAUAAACACUCAUUUAAUAAAGCAAAUUAAAUUACAUCUAUUUUGUUUUAUUAUUUUCGGAUCGAAUUUUAAUUUUAUAUAUAUUAGACUGGUUCAAAUAAAUCUAUUUUAUUAAAUUAUUAAAUAGUUGCAGAGGUGGAAUAAGAUGCCUGUUAAAAGAUGAGAUCUUUAUAUUAAUAUUUGGAGAUCUAUCAUCGCAAUUUUCUAUUUCCUAUUUAAUAACAUGGGAAAAAAAAAUAAAAUUUGGAAUUUUAUACCUUAGCUCAUUGUGCAGAUAAGCUCAGGAUAUGAUUUCGAAGGGAAUUGAAUGCUUUACAAAAAAGUCUUAUCAUAUUUUGAUAAAUCUAUUAAAAAGUUAUUGAAGCUUGAAGUUAAACUUACACAGUAAAAAAGGAUUCGUCAAAAUCAACACAUAUCGUAUGUAAAAAGAACGUUUUACACUUAUUUAUAUGUUAUUUUAACAUGUUGUGAGUGUUAAAAAAAGUUACACGCGUAUAUGUUAAAAGUAACAAAUUUUCCAAGAAUUCUUCUGUGAUAGUCGACAUAAUUUUUAAGAUAUUUUGUGUGUCGAUUUGACAGUAACAUAUAAAAGUGUUAAUUUCGAAUAAAAUAACAUUUGUGUGUAUUAAAAAAUCAAUUGAUUGUGACAGUUCAAACAAGAUAAAAACUGUGUGUUAAAUUGACACACAAAAGUGUUAAAAAUUCAACACUCAGAAUUUUAACACACGUUGUUUUUUACACUUUGACGAUUCGUUUUUUACUGUGUAUAGUAAAUUUUGAGUUUUUUUUACUAUUCCAACGAAACUAUCAGCCCUAUCACAAAAUGCCACAGAAUCUUUUUUGUAGACAAUUUUAUUCUUUACAAAUUAUCUCUGAUAAAGUUUCUCAAAAUUCCGCAUUGUUUUUUAAUUAUUUCCAUUUUAAUGUCAAGUUUUUAAAAAAAUAGUGUUCUGAUAGAUUUCAAAAGAUUGAGAUUAAAAUGAAAAUAACUAGAAAACCAUGCGGAGUUUUAAAAAACUUUAUCAGAAAUAAUUUGUAACAAACAAAAUUGUCUACAAGAAAAGUGCUAUGACAUUUUUUGAUAAGUCUGGCAGUUUCGCUGGAAAAGUAAAAAGAUCUCGAAAUUUACUAUAAGUUUGACUUCAAGCUCCAAUAAUUUUUGAACAGAUGAAUUUAUCAAAAAUUGAUAAGACUUUUUUGUAGAGCGUUCAAUUCCUUACGAAAUUAUUUCCUGAGCUUAUCUGUACAAUGAACUAUUGCCGAGGUAUAAAAUUUCAAACUUCAAUUUUUUCCCAUGUUAUUUAAAUGGGAAAUAGAAAAUUGCGAUGGUCGAUCUCUAAAUAUUAAUAUAUGAAGCUCAUCUUUCACCAAACGUUAUUUCACUUUUCUGCAACUAUUUAUUAGGGGGUUUCGAGAAAAAAAAUAGAUUUUUUGAAUCAGUCUAAUAUGUCUUGAAAUAAAAGAAAUUAAUAUUAAGCAACAGCAGUGAUAUUUAACUGAUUACAGAUUUAUUAUCCGAAAAAUUUUAUUUAUACAUUAAAUUCCUCGGAAUGCUUAUCUUUUUCAUGAUAACCAAGAUCAUAAAAGUGAUUGAAUCAGAUUAUUAUUACUUUCAGGAAUAAUUAAAAAAUAUUAUUUUAAAUCCAAUUAAAAAAAAUCAGUCCGACAGUUUCGAACUUGAGUUGGUUUUUAAUUUUUUAUUCAUUUAUUUAUUUAUUAUUAUCAACUUACAAUUUAUUAUUAAUUGAUUCUUGCAAUCAUAUUUAAUUUUUUUGUAUAUAAUUAUAUAUACUCAAAUAUAUUUAUAAAAAACAAAUAACGUUUUUUUUCUUUUCUUUCGAUUUAAAUUCAAUUAGUAGUAGCUUACAUGAUACGCGAUGAUGACAAUAUAAUAGAAAUAAAUUUGAAUUCCAGCAAUUAUUUACAAUUAUAUAUUGAUUACAUCAUUUUCUCACUCAUUCGCAUUUAAAUUCAUUCUUGUUUUAUUUAUUUAUUGUUUUUUUUUUAAUUAUAUUUUCUCACAUUCAUUAACAUGCACACAUUUUAAACACUUCAAGGACGAAUCGAACAAAAUCAUUCUAUUAUUUUUUUUAAUUUUUAGCUUUGUUUUUUUUUUUUAAUUCUUUUCUUCUUUUUUUAUCUAUAAUACGUCUCUGCAAUCAACACACGCUCGCUAUUAUUAUUUCUUACUUGAUUUAUUUUGUAUUUUUCUUACAAUCAUAUUCGUCCCCCGUGUUCGUGCUGUUUAUUCUUUCAUUUUUUU